CCGAUCCGUUUCUAGUUAGUAGCAAGAUAUCAAGUCAAAGUCUUAUAGAAAAUGGCCGACACUGAGGAUAUUCAGCCCCUUGUUUGUGACAAUGGAACUGGAAUGGUGAAGGCUGGGUUUGCUGGUGAUGAUGCUCCAAGGGCAGUGUUCCCUAGUAUUGUUGGUAGACCACGUCACACUGGUGUGAUGGUAGGUAUGGGCCAGAAAGAUGCUUAUGUUGGAGAUGAGGCACAAUCCAAAAGAGGUAUUCUUACCUUAAAAUAUCCAAUUGAGCAUGGAAUUGUGAGCAACUGGGAUGACAUGGAAAAGAUUUGGCAUCACACUUUCUACAACGAGCUUCGUGUUGCUCCUGAAGAGCACCCUGUUCUUCUCACUGAGGCACCUCUCAACCCCAAGGCUAAUAGAGAGAAGAUGACUCAAAUCAUGUUUGAGACAUUCAAUGUUCCUGCCAUGUAUGUUGCUAUCCAGGCUGUCCUUUCCCUCUAUGCCAGUGGUCGUACAACCGGUAUCGUGUUGGAUUCUGGUGAUGGUGUCUCCCACACAGUCCCAAUCUACGAAGGGUAUGCUCUCCCUCAUGCCAUCCUCCGUUUGGAUCUGGCGGGGCGUGACCUCACAGACUCCCUGAUGAAAAUCCUAACGGAACGAGGUUACAUGUUCACCACCACAGCAGAACGUGAAAUCGUGCGUGACAUGAAAGAGAAGCUCGCCUACGUGGCGCUCGACUUCGAACAAGAACUUGAAACCGCCAAGUCCAGCUCAUCGGUGGAAAAGAACUAUGAGUUGCCGGACGGACAGGUCAUCACGAUCGGAGCUGAGAGAUUCCGGUGCCCAGAGGUGCUUUUCCAGCCGUCGUUGAUCGGAAUGGAAGCAGCCGGAAUCCACGAGACGACUUAUAAUUCGAUCAUGAAGUGUGAUGUGGAUAUCAGGAAGGAUCUUUAUGGGAAUAUUGUGCUUAGUGGUGGGUCCACUAUGUUUCCUGGAAUUGCUGAUAGGAUGAGUAAGGAGAUUACUGCUUUGGCUCCCAGUAGCAUGAAGAUUAAGGUGGUUGCUCCACCUGAGAGAAAGUACAGUGUCUGGAUCGGAGGCUCCAUCCUUGCUUCUCUCAGUACCUUCCAACAGAUGUGGAUCUCAAAGGGUGAAUAUGAUGAGUCUGGUCCAUCCAUUGUCCACAGGAAGUGCUUCUAAGUCAUAAAUGUGGUUUGGUUUUGUUUUGUUGGGUUUCUGGUUAGUUGGUUUUUGACUCAUUGUAUUUGUAUUUUGUAUUUGGUUGUUAAUUCUCUUUUCAUGUUAUGUCAAGACACGAUAUAUGUGUGGACUGUGAUGGAGUUUGGUUAGUGAAUGAAUCACCAGUUGAGUUGAGUUGAGUUGAACACGGUAUUCAUGUUUGUAGUUUAAAGAGUGAUUUCUUGCUAUCUCUUUUUUUUUCAGCGUUUUUGAUUUGUUUUCCUUCACAAAAUUUUCAUCAAAAAGAUUCUGGUUUUUUUAUAGUUUUAGAAAAACAUACAGGGACCAUAUUUGUAAUUUAGUUUAGAAAAAUAUAUAUGCUAACUUUUCCCCGACAGGCCGACUACUGGUACACGUUAAUAAUGAAAAGUACAUGAUGAGAUCACGGG